AUGCCUGGACAACCUUCAACUAGUCAAAAUGGAGCUCAUCGCAGCCAAAAGCCGAACCCUCUCCGUCCGAUGCGGAAACGGCCGAGACCGGCCAAUCCUCUUGUUGCCCCGUCCAGGAAGACGCCCGGUAAGCCGACUACAAAGUCAGCAUCUACCCUUGGUCAACAGACGGGGUUAAAUGGUUCCAAAACAACCUCCGACGGCCAACGGGAGCAGUACGGCGGGUGGUCUGAACCUCCUCCUCAGUACCAAUACAAUGACAUUCCUAUUAUGACGACCAAAAAGUCUUUGCUAGAAGGUCUUCGCUAUCAUCUCAUGAAGUUCUCUCAGGCCAGGGUGUCCGACACUCCCAUCGACCCUACUAACCAAGACGAGUUUGCCCGACCGGUUACGCUGCACAGACGAGACGCUCGACAGCCUCCUCCUGGAAGAGCUGUCAAGGAGGAGGAGCCAGAACCAAUUCAAGUGGACGAAAAGGAGGCGGAGAGAUUGGCGCAACUCAAGGCUGAACGAGAGGCCCAACGUGCAAUCGAUCAAGCCAAGAUUGCCCCAGUCAUGAAAGAAAACACCCCUAAACGCCCCAAGAAGCAAAAGGAAGAGAAAACCAUGUUUAAUAGAGCUCCCAAGUCCGAAGCUGCGAAGAAAGAAUCGGAUCUUCGCUAUGAAGAAGCCCUUCCUUGGCACCUUGAAGAUGCUGAUGGAAAGAACGUGUGGGUUGGCAGCUAUGUAGCUGCUCUUUCCGAAGCGAACGUUGCAUUCAUGAUUGACAAAUCUGUUUUCCGCAUGGUGCCCUUGGAGAAGUGGUACAGAUUCAAUGCGAAGCCACCGUUUCAACCUUUCACCAUUGAUCAAGCAGAGGCUUUCAUGAAUAGAAAAGUUGACGUCGGCAGAUGGGUGAUGAAAGAUGAAGAGAAGAGGGCUGGGCAGAGUGAUCUGGAGGCAACCAGGAGGCUCCUGUAUGGUCGUGGCCAGAUGAUUAAGACCGAAAGUGCCACUUUCAAGGCAGCAUCGCGGUCAGAGAAACUGGAGCAUGAUGAAUUGGACGUAUCUGGAGACGAAUUUCAAGAUGAUGAUGAAACACCAUAUUUCGAGCGCGUAGAAGACGAUGACCUCAAAGAAUCAAAAGAGAGGAUCCGCCGGGAGCAGCUAGGAGCGAACUUAUUUGGGGAAGGAGAUGAACAAGAAGUCGACAAAGAAUUGCAAGAGCAAUUGCGAGAGGAACUUGAACGGCAGAAAUACGGCAAAAGUACUAAAAAGGCUCUGAUCAAGCGAGAUCGAGAGGACAUUUAUGAAAGCGAUGACUCUGAAGAGAAGCCAUGGAGCAGUUCGUCCGACGAUGAAUCAAGCGCCGAGGAAGAAGAGGAGACCAACAAGGAUGAGGAGAAGAAGGAUGCAGAUGCCAAAGAAUCACAAAUCGAGACGAAGGACAAAGCGAAAGGCGCGGGCUCCAAAGGAUCAAUAACGCCACAGUCAAAACAAAGGCCAGGUGAACUGACCAAAAAGACCAAAUCUUUGAAGCGAGCUGGGUCCCCAGCUUUGUCCGAGUCGAGUGGGAAUGAAUCAUCCCGCAAAAAGAUGAAGAAGUCGUCUGCGUCAGGUAAUGGCAGCCGCGCUGGUACUCCUGCAGCUCAGUCAAACAUGGCACGCCGCAGUAAGGCAGGACAUGCAUCUACCAGUGACGGGGAAGCCACAGCAGGAGAGAUGUCCGACAGUGUUGUGCCGGUUAGAAAAGGAGUAAAGAUGGUCGGUAAUAGCGGGAAAGGGACGCCAGUUGCGUCAAGGGCCGGCAGCCCUAAUCCUGCCACGGCGGGUGUCUCGCCGAGUACGCAGACGGCUGGGAUAGAGCCGUGGGAGAUACUAGACAAAAUACCUCAAGACGGGAUUGCCAUCACAGAUUUGAUAAAACAAUUCCACGGUAGGGUAGGCGAUCGCCCCGGCCAAAUGUCCCGCGGCGAGUGGAUAAAAUUGGUCAAGCAGCUCUGCGACUACGGGCCGGAUAAGCGUCUUAGACGACGAAAAUAA